AUGUCUCAACAAGUUGAUAGAUUUUUUCUCUUGGUUGUUCUGCUUGUUGUUGUCGUGUUGAACUUUAUCCGUUCGGGUGUUGAAGGCUUUCAUUUGAAGGUUGGAGUUGGAAAUAAGAAAGUAUUAUCAGCAUCCGAUGAUGGAAAUGUAGCCUAUUUUACAGUGAUUGGAGAUUAUGGAAGAAAUGGAGGUGAUAAUCAGCUUGAGGUUGCCCAACAAAUGGCUAAAUGGUGUACAAGUGUGGCUCCAAGUUGUGAUUUCUCUCUUGGAGUGGGUGAUAAUUUCUAUCCGAAUGGAGUUUCUGGAAUUCAUGAUUCACAAUUUCAAUCAAGUUUUGAAGAUGUUUAUAGACCUCGUCAUGCUUUUGGUAACCAAUUUUAUAAUGCAUUAGGAAAUCAUGAAUAUUAUGGGUAUGCUCAUGCUGAAGUGGAGUACAGUUUGAGGUAUAAUAAUGGAGAGAAACAUUCGAGCAAGUUUUAUUUGCCUAAUGAAUAUUAUGCUAGAGUGAUUUCGGUUGGUAAUUUGAAUAUUCUACUUGCUGUUUUUGAUACAAGUCCAAUGAUUGAAUCAUAUUAUGCCAGUUCCAAGGUCAAUAUGACUGCACUUGUUCUUCAAAAGGACAUCAAUAGACAACUUGCAUUCAUGCAACAAACUAUUGAUAGUAUUUCUAGAGAAAACCAAAUUAGUUUCAAGAUUGCUGUUGGUCACCAUCCAAUCAAGUCUGCUGGUAAACAUGGAGACAAUAUUGAUAUUACCAAAAAGUUGGAACCAUUCCUUCAAAAGAAUGGAUUUUAUGUUUACUUAUCUGGACACGAUCACAAUUUACAAUAUUUGAAUGGAUUUGAUUGUAAUGGAAAUAAUUGUAUGCAUCAAAUUGUCAGUGGAGGUGGAAGUAAGGUCCAUAAGGGUGAAAUUGAUCCAACUCAUCCUGGAUUGAAAUAUUAUUUGGAAGAAUCUGCAUUCACAGCUGUUCAAUUGACCAAAUCAUCCAUGAGCGUUUCAUUUAUUAAUCACAAGGGACACGUCAAGGCUCAAUUUGAUAUCAAGAAUCCACAACAAUAA